AACAUGGACGACAGCGAGGAAGCUGCGACAGGAACGUUUACAUGCGAGUUGUGCGAGUUAUCCAGUGUAUACACCUUUUACGGGAGGAAACCACCAAACACCAGAGCAGUGGGGUUUUUGGAAGACUGCUAUGGCAUGCGUGAUCCUUUCACUCCAAACAAGGACAAAUUCCUUAUAUUGGGCUCCAAGUGCAGUUUGUGUAAGAAGACUGUAUGUGUAGGCACGGCCUGCAGCAUUUUCUACACCAAACGUUUCUGCUUACCAUGUGUGAGGAAAAACUUGGAGCAGUUUCCGGAGCAGAUUCGAAUAGAAAUAGCAAAGAAAAAAACAGCUCAGAAAAGUUAAUGUCAAGCAGAGACACUUAGAUAUGCUAUGGCCAGAAGAUAUUAUUGACAUUUUUUUGUUUGUAUACAGUGUAAACUGAAUAUGUUUUUGCAUAUGGCCUAAACAUUGAUUUAGCCAUUUUCUUUCUCACAAAAAAAGGAAUCUGCUGAGAAGAGGAUUCAACAACCUGAUUUGAUUCACGAGUCAUAAUUUCAGAAAUUGUAAAAGCGAAUUGUCCUGCAUUUCUAUCGAGAAUGCCUCAGGAAUUUACAAUAUGCUUAAGCAACAUGCAUAACACAGCUGAAAUUCACAAACAAUGAACAAAGGAAACUGAAGAAUGAAAUGUAAUGUUGAACAUCAUAUUUAUAAGUAAUGGCUACAGAAGACAUCCAGAAUGCAAUGCAGCAACACAAUGCGGUUGUGCUGAGUUAAGGCAGAGACUCAGCUUAGCUACUUAACAAUGUAGAAGAUUACAAUAAUGAUGGUGUUGAUAGACACGAACAUUGAAGCUCUGAAAGCUGAUCUGUUAAACAGAGAGAUUAAAGUGUUGCUGCAAUGUGGCAUGAAGAUUAAGUUGGUAAAUGUAUUUUUGACAAUAGUGCAUAUAUUAGUCUCUCGUGUCACAGUUCUUAUCAUAUCUGAAAAUGACAAAAUAGGCAAAACCUUUUUGAAUACAAAACAAUAAACACAAGCCAUCAGUUAUCAUUUCUUAGUCAAUGUUCUGUUUUGACCAGUAGUUGUCAGUAGAAGCAUUUGUGUUGCCUUUUUCAUAACCAAGAACUUGACCUCACUUUGCAGCAAUGGAAAUGGGUAUAGAAACUGUAUAGGAUACAGGAAAGAAAUUGGUGUCAUUACGUGAUUGAAAAGCAUCUAAUAAAAAAACACAGAUAUAAGA